AAGGAAACAUCAGAGCCUGGAUGUGUUAUUUGUGUGCUAAUCUCCAUAGUCACAUUGCGUAGUCAUGCUGUACCCUUCAACAAACUUCAAAUGAUUUUUUUCUUUAACUGAAAAGUUUCUUUAUAUACUUUUAACAUAGAUUCUCUUAAAGUACUAAUACGUUUUCCCUAUUAUGAAGAAUGAAGUUUUUUAGAAUAUUAAUGUAGCAAAUUCAAACAAAUCCCUCUCAACCCACAGAUCAUAUGCUCAUUGGUCGUGCAAGGCCCUGCUAGGAACCUGUCGUCUUUGCUGGGAGCUGCCGCCAAGCUACAACUAACAGCACCAUGGGAAAUAUUUUUGGGAAUCUCCUGAAGAGCCUGAUUGGAAAGAAGGAAAUGCGUAUUCUUAUGGUGGGGCUUGACGCGGCAGGGAAGACCACUAUCCUUUACAAACUCAAGCUGGGAGAGAUAGUGACCACCAUUCCCACCAUUGGAUUCAAUGUUGAGACCGUGGAGUACAAGAAUAUUAGCUUUACAGUGUGGGACGUGGGUGGCCAGGACAAAAUUCGGCCCCUUUGGAGACACUACUUCCAAAACACGCAGGGCCUAAUCUUUGUGGUGGACAGCAAUGACCGGGAGCGGGUGAAUGAGGCCCGAGAGGAGUUGAUGAGGAUGCUGGCUGAGGAUGAGCUGCGGGAUGCUGUGCUCCUGGUGUUUGCAAACAAGCAGGACCUGCCCAAUGCCAUGAAUGCGGCUGAGAUCACAGACAAGUUGGGUCUGCAUUCACUGCGCCAUCGUAACUGGUACAUCCAAGCCACCUGUGCCACCAGUGGGGAUGGCCUGUAUGAAGGCCUGGACUGGCUGGCCAACCAACUCAAGAACAAGAAGUGAGGUGGAGCCAGUACAGUGGGAGGGGCAGGGGAGAGGGGGGGGGGAGGGAGGGACAGACACUUGUCAGAUGGUAGUUCUUUUUUCUUCCCUGUUUUUAAGGGUGUGGGAACAGGUUUUGAAUUUGAGGACCUCAAAGUUCAUUGUAAACUGUAGAUCCCCCCACCACCAUUACUCUCUAUGAUCAAAAAAAAAAAAAAAAACACUGGUUCUGGAGAACUGGUUGUUUUCAUAAGGUAGGCCUACUUUUAUCUUUUUUUACACAAGAGCAAGUAUGUUGUAAGGAACUGGGUUUUCCCAAUUUUCCUGUUCAAUGAAAACACUGUAAACCAAAAGCAAAGAAAGACAUCCUUUGAUUGAAUGGCACAGAUUGUUACAACUGAGCUGAAUUAACACAUUAUUAUUAUUAAUAAAUCAUAAUACUUGCCCAAACCUACAGAAGUAAUGGCAGUGUGAUGUAAUUAACUCGCAUAACAUUUCAUGUUAAGCUAGGCUUGACAAAUAACGGAAACAUUAAGUCUCUAUGACUUGGUCUGGUAAAACCCUGAGUCAGAUCAAAUGUAUCUCCAGAACUGCAAUUUUGUCAGCAUUCUUUGAAUGUCCAACCCAUAAUCACCAUUACUUUAAGGAACUGUUUUCACAUAUUACGUCAUGUUUUGGAGUUCAGUCAUAGUUAUGGUGAACAUGUGCAUGCUUUGCCCACUCUACCUUGUCUGUGUGAGCUAGAACAGGAUUGUGUGUAUAAAUCUGCAUGUAGUACCACUCUUGGAACUCCAGAACAUCACAAUAGUGACACUACGGGUGUGCCUAUAAUGUAUUUAUUGUCACGCUACAGGUUCAGAAUUGAUUAUAUAUCUCUGACCUUGCACAGAAGCAUUCUGAUAUUAAUGAACUGUUUAAUGAAUGAAUUAAUUAACUAAAUGCAUUCUCAAAAUUUACUGCACAGUUAGGCCCAUAGACUGUGCUUCUUGGAUCAUAUGGUUCCAUUACCUUUUUAUUUGUGUUGUGAUUAGUCACAGCAUUGUUGUGUCGUGAGUGUCAGUUCGAACUGUGUGUUUUCUGUUUUUGAAUUCGUUCCAACCAGGUGUUCGUCCACCUAUUCUGUGAAUAUGUAAGCUUUUGUUGCUGAAUGUCUAAUUAAAUGUACAUUUUUUGUAGACCGAGGAGGAAAAUUAAGUAUGUGACAAUGUUUGAUAUUGUUGUAAAUCGCAUAUCUAAGUUUAUGUUGGAUCUUUUAUCUUGUUUGCAAAUAUUUUAUUGGAAAGUACCUCUUUAGUAUUGUGAGGUCAUUUUAAGAAUUUAGAUUUUAUUUAUUAUUUUGAAAAUAUUUUCUUUGUGUUGUCUUUUUUGUAGUUGUUUGCACUAACACAGGUAGUUGGUCAUGUAUGUGGAAUUAGUAGCAUAUAAAAACAUUUCAUCUACUCUGCUCAUGGUCUGUCUGCUUGUGCACUGCCUGUUGGCUGAAUCAGUAGAUGGUUAAAUGGUUAGGUUGAUACGUAGUUACAGUAGAUAGAUGGUGUCCCCAUUUCUUUAUCCAAACCUUGAGUAGGUAAUACUGCCUGCCUGUCGCAUGUCCACAUUGAUUUGUUGUACUUAGACUGUAUCCACCAUGCAGGCAUAGAGCUUGUAUUGCAUGACCCGUACUUGCUUUUUGAAUGAGUAAAUGUAAACAGAGGUAGAAUGCUUGCUAGACUCUGAAGUAGCUCAGAGUGAGUUUGCUCUCGCCAGCCAUGCACUCAUAUUCUGCAAACUGUAUCUGCUGCUGUGAUGUUGAUAGGUAGGUAGGUAGGUAGAUUUCUCUUUAGCUGUGACUCAUGGUGUGCGUAGUGAUGGAGGCCUGUGGUGACAAUCUCAAACAUGCAUUGCACUUGUCAAAUACAGCCACCUCUGACUCAGGAGAGGGGGGACAACAGUCUCCCAUGGAGGGGAUCUUGCAUUACUGUCUGCCUGGGAAAAGUACUGUUCUUGCUCCUGCUUUUCUGGGUCUCUUACUAGUAAGUAGCACUAGUGAAGCUUAAGUGGCCGGGAUAAUACCUGGUUGGAAAUAAAUGUUUUUUUUUUUUGUUUUUUUUUUAAAUCUCAUUGUUAAGUUCUUUGAGAUAAUGUGGUGAAUUUUUUUUAUUCGUUGUAUUUUUUCUUGUACACGAGUGGACUAGAAAGAUCAGAGUGCUAUUGUUGUAUGUACUUUAACUUGGAUCAGUUGUGAAACUGAGCCCUUGAUUCCCUUACACUUGAGCAAUGACUUGAAGCUGUGUGAAGUAAUAGCAUUGUUCUGUUUAACACUGCAAGACAGACCUGAACUCAAAGGAAUGUGUCCCCUUUCAGAGGGGAACUGUGGAACAAGAUGGGCAGGUGAGUUGCUAUCACAGAUAAGCGGUAAUCCCUCCUUUUAUGAUUUUUAGAGCUGUUUUAAAACUGUGAAAUAUGACUUCUGAGUCAGAAAGUGUUGACUUCUGUCGUAUUUAAACAAGAUGUCUGGAGAUGAGCAAGGGAAAUUAAUUUUAAACCCAGUUGUGUAACAUUCCAUCAUUAAUGAUAGGUAACUCCAGUGGUUAUUUUAAGAACAGUUGUUCCAGUGGGUGUAAUGCAUCCAUACACUGAUUGUGUGUUUAUAAAUACACAUACGUUCAACUUCUUAAAGCAAAUGUGUUAAUUUGUUUAUUUUUUGUGGCCUUAUACAGUAUAAUAGUGUUGUGUUUUUAGUUACUUUUUAAUUGCUUAGCAAAUUGAUGGAGGAUAGGGGCAUAAUCAAAAUCCUUAUAUACCACUAAACCAGGUCAUUUGAUUGUUGAAAAACAUAUUGCUGCUUUUUACUAACAUGUCAGAUUUCCUAUUUCCACAUUUGUGUUUGUCCUUAGUGGAAAACUAGUUUGUAAUGUUUUGCUUUUUCUCCCUUUUGCUCCUGUGUUUUAUGUGUGCUUGUUUUUUAUGGGUUUUUUUUGGGGGUCGUAGAUUUGAUGUUUCAGGUCCAAUUUUGAUGGAUAAACAUUGUCUGUGAAAAAUCUAAAUCAUGUAAAAAUACUGGUGAUGAUAAAUUAUUCAGUGAUGCACUGAAAAAAAGUGGUCACUUUGAUUAAGCGUUUAGUCCCUGGGGUCUCCGCCUGACCCUAUGACAGUAAAACAAAGUCCUGCUGUGCUGAAAAAUAAACCUGUUUUCCGUUUGAC